UGCUUGCCUGGGCUCCUCUUGCCCGUGCGCCGGAUGCAGGAGGGCGGGGAUGACUAGGAGGUGAAGGAAGGAAGUGGGAAGUUGCCCCUGUCGGCUUCAGCUGCUCCUCCUCCUCCAGACUUUUACCCCAGCAGGGACCCUCAGUAGUAUAACCUGUCUCUUCCCCAGAGUGGGGGUGUGUCCAUGGGGAAGAGCUGCAAAGUGGUCGUGUGUGGCCAGGCAUCAGUGGGAAAGACCUCGAUCCUAGAGCAGUUGUUGUAUGGCAACCAUGUAGUAGGUUCUGAGAUGCUUGAAACCCAGGAAGACAUCUAUGUGGGUUCAAUUGAGACCGACCGAGGUGUACGGGAGCAGGUGAGGUUCUAUGACACACGGGGCCUGCGAGAUGGGGCAGAACUUCCCAGGCACUGUUUCUCCUGUACAGACGGGUACGUCCUAGUCUACAGCACUAACAGCCGAGAAUCCUUCCAGAGAGUUGAACUGCUCAAGAAGGAGAUUGACAAGUCAAAAGACAAGAAGGAGGUCACCAUCGUGGUCCUUGGCAACAAAUGUGACCUUCAGGAGCAGCGGCGAGUGGACCCUGAUGUAGCUCAGCACUGGGCCAAGGUGGAGAAGGUGAAACUGUGGGAGGUAUCCGUGGCUGACCGUCGCUCUCUCCUCGAGCCCUUCGUCUACUUGGCCAGCAAGAUGACUCAGCCACAGAGCAAGUCGGCCUUCCCACUUAGCCGUAAAAACAAGGGCAGUGGCUCCUUGGAUGGCUAAGGCUUUCCCUUCUCUUUCUCCCUGACCCCCUCUCUCAGCCCCACUCUAUCCCAAUCCUGCCACUACCUCCCAGCCUCAACUCCUUGGGGUUUCAAGUAGUUGGGGAAAUGGGGGGACAGAGUAAGACAGGCUUCCUGGCAGGGGGCCGCCAUGGUAGGUUGCUGGGGGACAUCUGGAGUCUCACUCCGCUGCUUCUCUUCCUUGGAGUACUCCAAAUAAUGCAAGUUACUCCCAAGCCACCACAUCACUCCCCACCCCAGUACUCUUGCUUUCCUGCUGAAAUCCAGUUUGAGAGCUGGCAGUGCCAGCUGACUGUAGUCCCCAAGUCAUGGCCCUUGGAAAAAGAUAACUGAGCAGGGAUAGAUUGGCAUGGGAGGGAGGGGGAAGGAAGGCCUUCCUAUCUUAGGAGGUAUCUUCAGCUCACCUGUGUCCUUCCCCUAAUAAGAAGAGCCCAAGUCACUGGGGAAACAGAAAUUUGUUACCCAGUUACGAUCUCUGCUCUGGCUUUUUUUUCCCCCUGUCCAGAAUGUGGCCAUGACAUAGUAUAGAAAACCCACCGGGAAGGGAGGGGGGGGUCCAGCCUCAAUUUUUUUUUUUUUGGUGAGGCAAUUGGGGUUAAGUGACUUGCCCAGGGUCACACAGCUAGUAAGUAUCAAGUGUCUAAGGGCCAGAUUGAACUCAGGUCCUCCUGAAUCCAGGGCCAGUGCUCUAUCCACUGCGCCACCCUAGCUGCCCCCUCUUCACUUACUAUGAGGUGAUUUGGGACAAGGGACAUUUCCUUUCUGGGCCUCAGCUUCCUCCCCUAUAAAGAUGAAAGAGUCAACACUAAAUGAUUUCUAAACACCUUCCUUUUAGACUCCUGGGCCUUUCCAUGGCCUCUAAUUGUCUUCACCUAUUAGAGGGCUCCUCUUGACCUCAACCACCAGGGGGCAGGAGUGCACAGGCCAUGUCAGCUGCUUAGCAAGCCCUUAUGGUGGGGACUUGUCCAGUGAACUAGACAGCUUGCAGACAAGGGACCCUCUUUCUAUCCUGGGGGUAGAUUUAUGGCUUCUUAAAGCCCACCUUCCCCGCUCUGGGCUUUUUUGUUUGUUUUGUUACAUAACGUAUACUGCAUUUUAUAACUCCAGUAAUGAAGACUAUAUAUGGCGCCUCCUCGUGUCUAAUGGGUCCUAGUAGUGGAGCAGUAAAAGCCUCUCAGUGGCUGAUCAUC